GGUCACCAUGACAACUUGAUUGGAACUAGCGCGCCAAGUAAACGUCUUCAUGCUACCUUCGAAUUAAGUGAAAAUGGCUGACGUUUUAUCGUUGAAAGAGUCGGUUCUGGUCUAUUUAGACAGAAGUGGCGGCCUCAUGAAACUGGCCGAAGACUGCAAACAAUUUAACGACCCCCAACAGAUGGAGGCAGUCUACAGGUUUUGUGUCAGUGUGAAUCCCUCUGAUGUGAUAGAGGUGGAUCCUGUACUGGGAGACUGUAUUCUGCGCUAUCCCCUAAAAGCAACGGCAUUGUUUCAGUCUGUUUGCUUCCUGGCCAUAAAGACACUGUCACUUGUUGAAAAAAUACACACAGAGAGUCAAGUCAAUGUGAUCCUGAAGUUGACACACCUGCCUCCAUUCCCUGAGUACAUGUUGGACCUUUGUAGUUUUCCUCGUGGGUAUGGUCCAUUGAGGCCAGUGUCCAUGGAGGGCUUGGUGAUUGCCAUGACCAGGGUCACAAAAUACACCCAGGGGGCCAGGUUCCUCUGCAUUAAUGAUGACUGUCCGUGCUCUACAGGGUUUCACCACAUCCGCAUCCAUGCACCUGGAGCCACAGAGUCAGCUACAGUGGGAAACAGCUUCAGCUGCAUGAUCUGCAGUUCCCCCCUGAAAGAGGAUAUGAAAUUUAGAGUGUUGGGAGACAAACAGCUUGUGGAGCUGAUCCAUGUCAGUGCACUGGAUGGUUUGAGGGGCCAUUGGCAAAGCUCACUCAGGUACCAGUCUGUCACCCUGUUUCUCAGAGAUGAGCUGUGCAACUCUGUGAGGAUCGGUCGACUCUACAGGGUGCUGGGCAUUUCUGCACAUGUGCACCAGUGGCCCAGCACUACCUGGAGUGUAGAGGCAAAUAGCAUCCAACCGUGGGAGCCAGAGUAUCCCCAUAAAGUCAGUGCCAGGUUCCAGGAGCUGUUGAAGGCCACAGCCGGGUCACCCUGGAGAUUCUCUGCUGUUGUGGCUCAGGGUUUUGGCUUGGACGUGGCUCCUCCAGGCCUGUACAACAUCUUGAAGCUGGGCUUGUUGCUCAGUUUGGUGCAGACAAGAGCAGAUGCAAAGGACACAUUUCACAGCUUGGAUCUCCUGGUUGUCACUACUGACACUCUCAUAACUGACAGACUAAUGACCUACAGCCUGAGGUUGGCCUGUCGUGGGGUCAGGCAUCAGGCCUCAGCGGAGAUGUUUGCAUCUCUGUCCCGGGACGAACACGGGGCAGGCACAGCCAACAUCCAUGCUGGCUCUGCCCUGCUAGCCACAGGUGGCAUUUGCAUGUUGGGAGAUCUGGGCUGUUAUAAAAAGGAGAGGUUGGAUUCCCUUCAGUCAGUUCUGGAGAGUUGCACAGUGUCUGUGUUCAUCCCAGGGAAGAAGUAUGGUGAGGAUGCUGACCAACAGCUUUCCUUCCCUGUCCAGUGCAGCUUCUGGGCCCUCACAGAUGCCUCUCGACGGGCUGGGAGGGCAGAGUCCGCCCUUCUGGGAACAGCAGAUUUGGGUCCUGUACCAGUUCAGCUGGCAGAUGCCUUUGGUCUGGUUAUUCAGUGUAAGGACAUGAUGGGAGAGGAGCACGCCCUGCUUGCCCAGACUGUCCACACCCUCCAGCAGGCAGUACAGCCUGGAAAACCCCUCCAUUCACCGGGCUGGGAGUUUUCUACUCAAGACUACCAGGAGCUAGUAGCUCAUGCACGUAGUUUGCAAGUGAAGCUCAGCCCUGAAGCAGAGAAAGUGAUCCAUGGUUAUUACAUGGCCAGCCGAAGAGUUCGAACACAGAGUCAGGGAGUCAAGAUGUCUGUGGCCUCUGUUAAACUACUGAUCUCUUUGGCCGAGGCCCACUGCAAAUUAUGUCUCCGAACACGAGUACUGGAGGAGGACGCUGUGAUUGCCGUGCUCCUCUGUGAGAACUCUGUCACUCUCAGGCAUGGGGCCUCUGCUCUCAUUAUUCCACCGGACGCAGUCUUUCCUUGUGACCUGGGAGAUGCGGAUGGUUUGCACAGGAGAGACGUGACCCUGGAUGAGCUCCACCAGAAUAUUCUACGCUUUAUCUACACCUACGCACCAGGAGCAGAUACAUACAUCACGGAAGAGUAAGACAGUGUGACAACAUUGCUGCAACAGUACAAAAAUAUCAUGGCAAGGAACUCACCUCCCGAUCAGCACAGGAGAGAAAGGAUUACAUCUGGUGCAUCUCCUGAACACAGCAUGACCUGGACAGAGCUGGAGGACAACCCAAGAAAACAGGACUUUGACUAAUAUCCACAUUAAAUUUACAUUAAAGUUUGUACAACUA